UUUUUUUCAGCGCCGCCACCGAUUUGGGGACUGCCGCCGCCACCACCGAUAACACCGGGACUGCGACCACCGCCGGCAACGCCCACACCAACACCGCCUCCGCCGCCACCACCACGUGGUUUUCCACGGAUGCCACCACCAUUCCCUCCGCCACCAGUACAGGGUCGCCCACCAUUUCCACCUCCACCGCCACCUGUGCGGAUGAUGCGUCCACCGCCACCCCCCAUCAUGCGUCCUCCUCGGCCACCACCACCUCCUACUUCGACGCCAGCAGCACCUGCACCAUCCUAAAAUAUUUUGCUUGGAACUUCCUUCUGUUUGCUUGUUGA